AUGAAAGAAUACAUCUCUCCUCCGCCUCUCAAAAGACAGAGGCUUACACAGCCGGUGGAUAAAGCCGAGAUCCCGACUACAGACUUUACGCCCAUCAGCCCACCGACACCAGGCGCAUUGCGCAUAUUUUCUUGGAAUAUCAACGGGAUAGAACCCUUUGUUCAGCCAUACCUCCAGAAAAGCAUCAAAUCGUUCUUUAAACCAGCAACCAAUACAGUCAAGCGUAAAAGGCCGCGAGACACUGGUAGUGUUACGAGUGAUGGCGAGAACGAUGAGGCUGGAGGAUGGAGCAAAGGCGACAGAGAAGAUCCUGCCAAAGAAGGGCCGGCGUCUCUACGAUUAGUUCUUGGACGAUAUGGAUGGCCUCAAAUCUUCUGUCUUCAAGAGGUCAAAGUCAAGCCGGGUGAUUCAAAGACCAUGGAAGCGAUUCGCCAGGCUGUGAAUGAUCCAAUUGGGUCUAACUACGAGCCGGUGCAGUCUGGGAAAAGUACCACUGCAUCACUUUCCGACGGUGGUCCCGAGUACAAAGUCGAGUUCAACCUACCAGCAGACCCCUAUAACGCCAAGGGAUUUGGAGGCAAGGUCUAUGGUGUUGCUACGAUCGUGAGAAGGGACUUUAUGGCAGAAGCAGUGCAAGAAAUUAGAGAGGUACCCUGGGACAGAGAAGGACGGAUCCAGAUUAUUGAAACCAAGGAACUCUCCUUGCCGCUGGGGCUACUCUCUGAACCGCUUCCAACAUGUGCCGAUUCUGAUGACGACAAAGAAGCAGAGGAACUGGCCAAGUCCAAGUUUGCCAUUAUCAACAUCUAUGCCGUCAACGGGACUACGAAUCCCUAUCGAUCUACUCAUACCGGCGAACAAGUAGGAACGCGUCACGAUCGCAAACUAGCCGUACACUCGGAGAUUCUCAUUGAAGCCAAGACUCUAGAGGCCAAGGGAUUCCACGUCAUCAUUGCUGGCGAUUUAAAUGUAGCAUGUACCAAGCUGGACGGACACCCGAAGCUCCGAACCACGCCAUAUCAGCAUGUGCUCAACAGAAGGGAUUUCGUCCAAAAGUUCUUCCUGGGUCAAGACCUAGACAUGGCCCCGUCCAAAGCAGCUUAUAAUGGUUAUGAAAAGAGACUAUCCCAGGCCGGGGAUAUCCAGAGCUUCAGUGGAGUCGACACCUUUAGGAAUAGGCACAUCUUUAAGCAGAGAUUCAGCUACCACCCACGCGGUGUGCCAUGGGGUUCAACCUGUGAUAGAGUCGACUUGAUUAUUACCUCACAAUCUCUCGAGGACAACAUUUUGGACUCAGGCAUUUAUGAUAGCCCGAGGGAUCGAGGUCCAAGCGAUCACUGUCCGAUCUGGGUAGAAAUUGGAAGUCGUAUGAAGUCUAGGAGGGACACAAGUGAAGUGUAA